AUGAUUAGGCAAAUAGUUAAUGUCUGUGUAGCAUUUGUUGUUUUUUACAAUGUUCUUCAGGCAUUCAAGGCUUCCAAGGAUGAUAAGAAGCUUUCAAGGAGAUACAGCAAGUGUUUUAUGGUGAUUUCUGUAUUUCUUGUGAUUGACAAUAUGUUUUCGUUUGUUUUGAACAUUGUUCCGUUUUAUCAGCUGUUUAAGCUAAUAGUUAUUGUCUGGAUAUCAAUACCUGCAUGCACAGGAGCAGUGUUUGUAUACAAGUUUUAUGUACAAGGGAUUUUAGAGAAGCACGAAAGUCAGCUUGACGAGACGAUUGAGAAUGUAAAGACAGUUGUGUCUAGAUAUUUCAGUGAAUGCUAUGGCAAGGCACAGAAAAGAUGUUAUAUGAGCAAAGACGAGAAGGCAAAGCGUGAGAUCAUGGAUGAUGAGGCCGGGGAGCAGCUGAAGGACGAAGAGAAUGCAGGCAAUGCGGAUGAGUCUGAGCUUUCUGCGAUUGACUCAACUUCUGCCAAUGAAGAGAAGGCUGUGCCUGAAGCAGGGUUUAAGUGA